GAUUUGCUGUGACAAACCACGUAAAGAAGUUGCUUAAGCGUCGGUGUUGUUUUCCUUUAGCCUCAAUUAGCUCACGUACCGGUGACGUUCAUUUCACUCCUCAACGGGGAAAAUGAUUAAGGGGGAACACCCGAUCGAAUACAUUUAAUCAGGCACAACACCGCGUGCUGUCUGAUUCUGUAGCGUUGCUCCUAACGCGUGUGUGGACAAAAACGGUUUGACAACGUUAUUUACUAGCUAAUGGGGUUAGCUACACGAAGCUCCAUUUAGCGCUCGCAGUUCAGCCGUUUCGCUUGAGUUUACAUCGGACGUUUGCAUUCUAUUACCAAGUUAAAUCUUAUUUGGUUUUGAAAGAAUGAAUUGGCUUUUCCCCAUCUCAAAGGGUUCUGGACCUCACACGCCACUCAACAGUCUGCAACAACAAAGACAGCGACAGAUUGAGUCUCUGAAAGCUGCUCAUCCCAGCAUUGCAGAAAUCCAGAAGGAUGUGGAAUACAGGAUUCCGUUUACAGUCAACAACUCCACCCUCACUGUUAACAUUCUUCUGCCACCUCAGUUCCCUCAAGAGAAGCCAGUGGUUAGCAUCUACCCUCCUGUUGGUCACCAUCUUGUCGACAGCAAUAAUGGCACUUUGAUCACAAGCCCCCUCAUCACUAAUUUUGGCAUGCAUUCAGACCUGGGUAAGGUAAUUCAAAGUCUGCUGGAUGAGUUCUGGAAGAGCCCUCCCGCCCUGAUGUCCACUGGCACGUCUGGCUUUCCAUACAGUAUGUACAAGCCAUCCAGUAUCCCUCCUUACCCGACUCAGGGUUACCACUUUGGUUCUCGACAUGUUGGGCAAAGUCAGACGCCACCUCUAGCACCGGCUCCCUCUGGAGUUGGACCGGUGCUUCAUCCUGCAGUUGAUGCUGUCCAUGGGUCCCCUCGAGGUCCAACACCUUAUGGUCUCAUUACUGACCUGCCAUUGCCCGUACCCGUUGGAGACGUACAGGCUGGCCUAAAUGGACAUAUGUAUAAGAUGCCUGAGAUUCCCGAGUCUUUUCCUGAACUCUCUGACUUGAAUCCAACUCAACUAUCUGACAUGUCAGAAAAUGAGGAUGUUUUACUGAGAUUCUUCAUGACGCUGCCACAGCUCCAACAAGUCACAAGUGAUAAAGAGGAACUGGUCACUAACAUUGUGGAUAUGGCAAAAAGAAAUCUGCAGAUGGAACCACAGCUGGAAGGGAAAAGACAAGAAAUUAUCUACAAGUUUGAACAGUUGACUCAACUGAAGUUUGCCUUUGAGACAAAGAUGCAGAGACAACAUGAUCUGAGUGAGAGCUGUAGUCUGAGUUCUCUUCAGGCUCGGUUAAAGGUUGCAGCUCAUCAAGCUGAGGAGGACUCUGAAGCGACCGCUGAAAACUUUUUAGAGGGACGCACUGACAUAGAUGAAUUCCUGACCGGCUUCAUGGAAAAGAGAACGCUUUGCCACAGCAGAAGGGCGAAAGAGGAGAAGUUGCAACAGUCCUUCCACACACAUGAACAGUUUCCUACCACCCACUAGAACACAAGGUUUAGCGUUCUCUCAGUCAACUGCUGCCAACCAAAACUAUGAAGACACAAGAUGAGCACCCUGGGUCUACAUUGGGCACAUUUAAAUCCAGCAAGCCCAGAAGGCCCUUUUUCUGACAUCUUAGCUCGAAAACUAAAGUCUGACAACAUGAGAGGAGCACACAGACUUGGAGAUCAUCACAGAAGCGCAGGAGUGGUACAUGCUUUGAGGUCUCUUGACAAAUUAUUGAAGUUGAAUCAUGUUUUGAGUUCUUGUGAUUGCACAUACUGUAGGGUGCUUGAUUAGUGGUGAGUGGGUAAAUGCUUUUGGAAGAAAGUGCAAAAUAUCAUUUGACAGUAUUACCGGGGAUAUUCGCUUAUACAGUACUUGUUUUCAAUGAAGCAAAAAAAAAAAAAGCCACAAUCCUUAUGGGGGGGGGGGGGUAGCAGAGGUCAAUGAUCACUUCUUUCACUGUUUCCUGAGGGGGGGGGGAGCAAUGCCAAUAUGAUUGUCCCAUAACCUGACGGUUUUCUUUCCUUUGAUUGAAUUGAUUAAAUUAGGAACUUAACACAGACAAACAAGAUCAAGAUCAUGUCGUGAUCGUUUCUGGAAUUGAAAUUGUAUCUUCAGAAAGACAAACAUUGCUCAACGGUCUCUUGGCAACCGGUCCAGCCUUUACCAAGCCUCUCACUCACUCGAUUGGCACAAUUGCCCCGCAACACAGAUGAAGAUGCGCACUAAUCAAGACAAGCAUUAUUGAAAAUGGAUGGACAGAAAGGCAAACCAAAAGUGUUCCCUCAACAUGAACAAUGUGAUAAAACACUAAGGCAUCGCUCUGAUUACACUAAUGAUUUAUUUACUGUAUGUGGCUAAUUUAUUUCUUCAAGUUAAUGCAAGCCUCUUUUGAGCAGUUGUUGCUGUAGGUCAUGCUGCUGAAUGCUGUUGGUAAGGGCUGUAUUCAAUGAUGCAGAGAGGAUGACAUGUUCCAAUGUGCCCGCACAACCCAAAUGCAGAUUGGGUUGAUUGGUAACUUUAAUGUGCCCCCACGAUCUGUGUGUGUCAUGUUUAGGUGAAAUGUGUGUGCUUCACUGGUGUCAUUACGAGUGUCAUACUAUACGAUUCAGCCAUUUCUUGCUCAUGUUGAACCAAUUUUCAGUUGUGCACAUUAUUCAACCAUUUAGACAUUUUGUUUACUCUGAUUUAUGUCACAUCAGAGUACUUUAAUCCAUAUGAGCAGGUUAAAUCAGAAUUUUGCCUUUGGGUUUUUACACUGGUGAAUGGACAUCACUGACUUUUACUUCUCAAUGGUGGACAGAAUUCACCCCUGGACAGUUGGAGGCUAUUGAACUGAGAAUCUGUGGGAUAAUGUUGAGGAUGAUUUGUUGAAAUUGGAUGAUUUGUUCAAAUGCUGCAGUUAAAAGUCAGUGACAUUGAAAACUGUAUUGAAAUGUUUAUAAUAGACUAUAUUGCAAUCAAAGAUUUGGACACCUUGUAUUAUAGGUUCUUAUUUAAUUUGUUAGGCUAUUAAAGCAUUUACAAUUACCAUCA